UCAAACGGCGGCAAUUCGGGACGAGCUCCUGCAGGUUCGGCUUGCCGUACUCACGGGGACUGGUCGAUGUGGAGCACACUCUCCCCUAUAGACGCCAGUUGCCAGUUGCUAGUUGUGAACCGGAGAUCAGUGAACCGUCCUCCUGCUGCUGCUGCUGCUGGUUCGUCCGCGAGUGAAGCGAUUUUGGGAUUUGUGCACUUCGUUUCGUGUGUGACUGUGCCCGAUGCUGGCCCGUGUGCUUUGCCGUGUACCAGUGAAGCUGUACCGUAGACCAUCGUAGGUGUCCGCUCAGGGUGCCUUCAAGGUCUGGCACAAAUCAUAACAAAUCAUAGCUGGUGAUAACGAACAGAACCGAACCGUGUGUAAGUGUAUCUCUGGUGAGGCCCCUCUGGCAGCCUCUGGCCAGCCAGCAGUUCACACAAAACAACCGUCGCUGGCUGUGUUCCGGAAUUCACCUGGGUCCAAGAUGCACCGAAUCGUUGCCGUUCUGCUACUGUUGGCGCUACAAACGGAACGUCAGCGGGCGGCCGGAAAUGUUCUAUUCCGACAAUUUCUCAUUACAGCCGUCGACAGCAGCUGUGUGGUGCCGCUGAAGCCGGACUGGUCCUACUCGUCGCCGCUGAUAUUCACGCAGAACGGGGCUCUGGUUACGCCGGAGAACGACAGUCUCGAGCUGGAAGAGAUUACGCUGGCCACCGGUGACGAGGUGGUACUCUCCUGUUCGCCGAACUACUUUCGCGAGUUCUCCUCCGAGAAGGUACUAUGGGCCAAGUGCAAAAGGGACAAAACGUUCGUGGUCAACGGUGAGGACAAGAACUUCGUGUCCGCGCUGUCCUGCAAGGAGCGACCGAUCGAGGAGAUCAUCGUGUCGGUGCGCGGUUGUCCAUCGGCACUGCGCUCGAUCGAGUAUGGUUUUACGAAUCCGGUCACCAACAAGUCGUACAUCCUGGGCGAGGCCUGCUACGAUGCCAAGCUAGGCCGAACGCACUUCAUUCACACGAAAGUCAAGUCCGGCGCGAACACGGUCGAGCAGCUGGCGCUGAAGGUGAAGGACAACGCGACGUACUUCCACGGCUACCACCCGACCCAGCGCUACAAGGUUGAUCUCAGCAAGGCGCUUAACAUCAACGACCAGGUCGAGCGCUUCCGUGGUGUGUUCGGUGCGAAAAAUGCUCCCAAAAUCGAGUCCCGACGGUACAUCAAUGAAGCUCUUCUUACCCACCGACAGUAUCUUUCAGUAUUAAAAAUGGCCUGGAACUAUCAGAUCGUGAAGGAUCGCGAUCUGCUGCUGAACUACGAUCGGCUGCUGCACGACAUUCGGGCCCUUGAGGUGCCCGACAUCGAGAUCUACACCGGGGCGCACGGUGUGAUGACGCUGAAGGACAAGCACGACCACAGUGCCGAAGUGUUUCUGGUGCGCGAGAACCGCUUCCCGGUGCCGAAGAUACACUGGACGGUGGUCAAGUCCGGCGACCGGGCACUAGCGUUUGCGCUCUUCAGCAAACCACAGCUCACCGAGCAGGAGCUCGAGAAGCAGGGCACGUUCUGCGAGAGCGUCUGCGACCAGAUCACGUGGCUGAGGAAGCUACGGGAGGAGGACGCGUGGCGGACGGCCCGGGCCGGAUAUGUACUUUGCUGUGAGGUGGAAGAGUUCCGCCGCACGAUCAAGGAGAUGCCACCGAUCGCGGGCGUCAAGGCGAUGCUCAUGUAACAUGGUGGCCAGGUGUUCCUCCGAAACAAGGAUGCAAGGCCAAUACCUGUAGCAAGCGAAACGGGUGCUUCUGCUAUUGCCACCAUCACCGAUCCCUGCUACUGCUACUACUUCUGUCUGCAGUCUCUCCACACGCUACUUGGAAGCUACUAGCGUCGGCAUUGUGAUUUUAAUUCUUUUUGUUUUGUGUGUAAUAUUUUAAAUUAAAAUAUUAGCUCUUAGAAUUUAGUAUUUUUAUGAAAAUCGAAAACACACAUCGGUGUAAUAAAAGAAGUACAAUUCGCUAGUGUGCUUGA